GAAGGAGGCAUAAAAUCCAUGGGGGAGGCUCAGCCGUGCAGAGCCAGGCGAAGCUGAUUUGAUGGUGGAUGCGCCUCGCCGCUCUUCCGCACGGUCUGCCCAGUUUUGCAGCCUCUGCCUCUCCGGCCCUGUGAGGAGAAGGACCCGCCUGUGGGCAGUUUGGAGAACAGUGGAGCGGACGCCUUCCUGACCAGGCGGGCUCUGAGCGAAAGGUCCUCUCGAGGUGACGGUCCCCCAGUUUGCAGUCCAAGCAUUCGCCAAGCUCAAGAUGACCUCGGCCACCAAGGUGUACUACAGCCAGACCACCCAAACCGACAGCCACCCUCUGAUUGGCCCGGCGCUGCGGAAAAGGCGGGUCAUGACCAAAGACGGGCGAAGUAAUGUGCGCAUGGAACACAUCGCGGAUAAGCGCUUCCUGUACCUGAAGGACCUCUGGACAACCUUCAUCGACAUGCAGUGGCGCUACAAGCUGGUCCUCUUCUCGGCCUCCUUUGCCGGCACCUGGUUCCUCUUCGGGGUCGUCUGGUACCUGGUGGCCUUGCUGCACGGGGACCUGCUGGAGUUCGACCCUCCAGCCAACCACACGCCAUGUGUCAUGCAGGUCCACACACUAACCGGGGCCUUUCUCUUCUCUCUGGAGUCCCAGACCACUAUCGGCUACGGCUUCCGCUACAUCAGCGAGGAAUGCCCGCUGGCCAUCGUCCUGCUCAUCAGCCAGCUGGUCCUCACCACCAUCAUGGAAAUCUUCAUCACCGGCACCUUCCUGGCCAAGAUUGCUCGGCCCAAAAAGAGGGCGGAGACCAUCAAGUUCAGCCAGAAUGCUGUGGUGGCUCAGCACGACGGCAGGACCUGCCUGAUGAUCCGGGUGGCCAACAUGCGGAAGAGCCUCCUGAUAGGCUGCCAGGUCACGGGGAAACUCCUUCAGACCUACCUGACCAAGGAAGGGGAGAACGUCCGGCUGAACCAAGUCAAUGUGGAUUUCCAAGUGGAUACAUCUUCCGACAGCCCCUUCCUCAUCUUGCCCCUCACCUUCUACCACGUGGUGAAUGAACGCAGCCCCUUCCGGGACCUGACCCUGCGCACAGGAGAAGGUGACUUUGAGCUGGUGGUCAUCCUCAGUGGCACCGUCGAGUCCACCAGUGCCACCUGCCAGGUCCGUACUUCUUACCUCCCCGAGGAGAUCCUGUGGGGCUAUGAGUUUACUCCGGUCAUUUCUCUCUCGGCCAGCGGGAAGUAUGUGGCCGACUUCAGCAUGUUUGAGCAAGUGAUCAAGGUGGCCCCUCCGUGCUGCCUCCACGAAACAGCGCGAUUCAGUGACCCCGAGAAACUGAAGCUGGAGGAAUCCUUCCGGGAGAAAGCCGAGCGGGAAAGCACCCCACUGAGUGUGCGGAUCAGCAAUGUUUGAAUCUUCCUGGGGGGAACUGGUCUCUCGUAGCGUCUAGGCAUCCAUCGCAGCCUCCCUCCCUCCCCGGCCGGGAUGCCCCCUACUCUCCUGACAGCCUCUUCAGCUGCAGAGGGGGCAGAGGCUCCCCCAAAGAGAAGGCAGCCUUGCUUUUAUUCCCCACAGAAGAGCCCCCAGCAAAAGGGACUCUUCCUUCCCCCCUCCCCAUGCUUCUAUUUUGCCCCUUUUCGAAGAACAGGCGGAGUGGCGGAGGCCGGGCUGACAAGGGCAGCUGAAUGCACCACCAGGGAGACAGGCCUGAGAGUGGCCGUGGUUACUCGAGGGAGGCUUCCGUGGACACUGCUCUGCUCCGGCCACGUUGGGUCAUGGGAUCCUGCAUCUGAACCUCCAAAAGCUUGGGAUCCCCAAGCCGCAGCUGGCUGGAGCCUUGAGGAGGAACUGUCAGGGUCCUGGUCUCUGCACACACACACACACGCACACACACACACACACCGUGUGAUCACAGCUGCAGUUUUUGUGUUAUUACUGUAAAUCAUCAAAAUGCUGCACUUUUUAAGCCCAAGAAGGAGAAUGAAGGCAAGGCAGCAGCCCAGAGCAAGUGGGCCCUCCGAGAGCAGCAGGAAGGAAAAAUAAGACCAGGAAGACGGAGGAGGAGGAGGAAGAGGAGGAGGAGGAGGAGGAGGAGGAGGAGGCUGUCCGCUGGGGAAACCCACUUCAUUCUGAGUUAGUUCAAAAUCAGCUGGUGGUGCCUUUUCCUCAGGCUAACAUAGCACUCCAUCCUUGUCACUUUCAUCCAGCCAAACCCAACCCAAGUAUUUUCUUUCAAAAGGUAGAGUAAAGCUACAGUAAAUGUAGAACGGAAACUAUGGCAUGAAAUGUUUCGUGGACUUCGAAGCCUGUUUGCAAAAUGCCUGAUCAAGGGGGAAUCUGCCAGCUCCCCAAACUGGGCCAGAAAAAAUCCACUCGGGAGAGAAGGAGUCACUUUCAGCACAUACUGUUGGCAGUUGGAUGCCCACUUCCAUCAGGGUCACUCUGAAAUUUUGCCCCCCGCCCCCAGCCUGCCUGCCUGCCUUUGCAGUUGAGCCUAUUGGGGUCCUCCAAAGGUCUCGGAGCCAGAGGAGCGAGGCGAUGCUUGGAAACCUCUGGUCUGCAGCAGUCACUGACAAUGGGAUCGAUCGGGCUGGGAGGCAGGUGGGUCGACCCUGCUGGCUCUGCCCCACAGUCAAGCUGGCCUGGCCUGGCUGGUUUCUGCUGGGAACAGAAGAGUCCAAACUGGUGUUUUGCACAUCGAGGAAGAGGGAGAGCGUAGCUUCCUCUUGGGACACAAAUGUCUAUUAUGAUAUUUAUAUAUGUUUAUUUAUAUAAAUGAUCUAUAUGUUGGUACUCGUAAAAAACAAACAAAAAGAAAGCGAAGAAGAAAGGAGUGAAGGAGUGACGUUGCACUUUGUCAAAAACAAGUUAAAGAGCAGACACAAUACUGUCAGCACCAAAAAGGAAGUUAAUCAGAGUCCUCAUCCCUUUCUCCCCCAGCUUUAAAUUUUUAGCAGCUCCUGAGACUUCCUUCCUCCCUUCCUCCCUUCCCUCCCUCCUUUCUGCUCCUUCCUUCCUUUCCACUUCUUCCUUUCUUUCCUCCCUCUUCCUCCCUCCCUCCCUCCUUCCUUCCCUCCUUUCUUCAUUUUUUCUUUUCCUUUUUUAAGUUUGCACCCUGGGCAUAUGCCUAACAGAUAGCACUUCAGAGGUAGCUUGAAAUGUGCGUUGACCUAAGAUCCCCAUUCCUGGCUUGCACAUGAAUUUAAGGUAGGAAAUUAAUUGCUAGCCCUCCCCCUCAAUUUCACAGAAUCCUUUGGUCAGUUUUCUUUUGAGCCCCAUUGCAUCCAUAGGCAAAUGCAAGUUGAAUGCAAAGACCUGAAAAUUUGGAGAGACCAGCUGGAUCAGCAUUUGCCAAUAAAAUCCAUUUGGGUCUAAUGGAGAUCAGGCCGUCAAGUUUUGGGAGAGGGAGAAGGAGGUUGAGUUAAUUCUCCUUCCUUCCUUCCUUCCUUCCUUCCUUCCUUCCUUCCUUCCUUCCUUCCUUCCUUCCUUCCUUCCUUCCUUCCUUCCUUCCUUCCUUCUAAACCAAGGAUGUUUCAGGGUUAGGUGUCCUCCCAGCUUCCCAUAGGAGGAAGGGAAAGGCCUUGUGUGAAGUUGGUCCCACCAGAUUUGCAGGCUUCAAAUAAAGAAAGAACAUUUUUGGUUUUUGGAAACAGAGAUGCUGCGCAGAAGAAAAGACAGAAUAGAGGAGGGGUUCCCCAUGUUUCUUCCAGAUAUUUGGGGGUUCGGGCACACAGUCAGGAAAACGAGAGAGGGAACUUUCUAAUUUAGGAACAACAAAAUGAUGCAAUACAAAACCCGGGGUGGCACAAUAUACCUCUCCAUUACGCAUUGUGUGCAACAUCCUGUGGGCCAUUUACAGUAUGACCCUGAGUAACAAGACAAGCUGGGGGUUUUCACAAAAGAGUCACUUUGAGCUCUCAGAAAGAGGAAGAAGCACCCAGGAAGGCAGCCCAGCUGGUGUCCUGUUGUGUCUCAGGCCAGAUGUCCACAAACAAAACCAGAUGGGGUUGCAAACUUUGCUGAGAGGGUGUGGGAAGCAAAUAAACAUGGAGCAAAGGAAAGGUUUCACGGUCAGAGUCCAAGCUGGCCGUAACCUAUGACCAGUGGUCACUUAUCCAGCCCUUUUAUGCUACCAGACUCUCUUAGGUUUAGCUUUGUGUGGCUGAAUCAACAUGAGUCUCUGGAAUUUGUUACACACAACACAAAACACCCACACACACGCACACACCCCAAUAAGGACAGACGUUUUGAUGACUGAGUUCAAAUUUCAUGUUAAUCUGAUUUCCAUUUUUUAAAAAUGUUUAUUUUGUGCCUAUUAAUUAUGUACUGUACUUCAUAAAUAUGAAGGUUUUUAUCCACUGAAGACGACUUUUUGCACUAAAAGUCCAAUUUUAUUGGCGGGUGAA